AUGGCGGACCCCGACGAAGAAAAUCAACACCAAGAAAAUCCUAAAAAUAUUGAUUCUACAGUGCAGGAAAAUAAUGAGGCAAAAGACUCAAAAGACGUUGACACAGAAACACCUGCUCAAAAAGAAAAGACAGAGACUAAAGCCAAUGACACAGAUAAUACAGACAAUCAAGCACAGCAAAAUAAAGAAAAUAAACCUAUAGGCAAACAGAAAAAGAAAGCAAAAUUUAAAUCAGAUGUUAAAGAUAAUGAACAAACAAAAAAUGACAAUGGACCCCUUACAUUGAAACUUGUGCAGACUCAUUACUCAGCUCAUUCAAAGUCAGCAUUACCUCACAUACUAGCAGAGUAUGGACUAGAGGACAAGAGUCACCAGGCUUCAAAGAAAGAAAAGCCAAAGAAGAAGGCUGUGAAAAAAGCGGAGAGCAGCGUUGAUGCAGAAGAGGAGGAUAGAGCACGGCGCAGAGCUCGUGAACAGAGGCGGCUGCUGGGCCUGGGUGACAACCAUGUCCAGGAUAAAUACUAUGCAGAGUACAUCGAAUUUCUUGAGCAGAAGGUUAUAAAACAGCGCCAGGAGCAGAGAGAUCGUGAGGAAGCCAGGAAAAGGGCCCUACUCCAUGAAGAAGAGGAGAGCGAUCAUGAAGCCAACAAAAAGCCACCAACUCCACAGAAAGAGGAGCGAGCAGAGCAUAGGUUUGUUCGUCGCCUGGAAAAGAUGGAGUUAAAGAAUGAUGACAGUUUCCUACAGGGGCUGCCAAGGACGGACAUUGCUAGGAUUUUGAUGACACCAACCUUCAAAUCAUGGAUAGUGGUGCUACAAGACAAAUUACGUCGCGAGGGCAAAUUAAAGACACAGGCCGAUGUGGAUCAGUUCUGGAGGGACAUCCGCAAACCAGAAGUUUUCUAUGAACACUUCAAAGUGAAGAAAAAUGUGAUGGACCAUGCAAGUCAUCCUGACAUUGAACCAGAAGAUGACUUCAAUGAAAGCUCCGCGCCGGCCCAUGUCAGGGAGGAUGCGGGCCCGGGUAUGGAGGGUCGAUCACUAAGCCACAUCUCGGAGGCAUCGCAUCGUGGGGACUCCUGGGCCAUCACACAGAAAUACCAGAGUGCUCAUGGCCCCAACGCCCCCAAGUCACCCAAAUCACCUAGGGAGAGAAGAAGGAAGAACUCAACACAGGUUGCUAAAAAUGCUGCACUAGAUCUGGAGUUAAGAUGUCCAAAGCUGGAGAUGCCGCCCCUCGCCUGCUUUUCUCUCGACCUUGGAGAGAAACCCCCAGAUCCAGAUGAGAUUCUAAAGAGGAUGGUGUUGAAGAGCAGGGAGAAGUCGAGGAAGAAACACCAGAGAAAGCUGAACAAGAUGUACCAGAUGGCCAUGACCAACACUGCAGCUGCAAACAGGAUCAUGGAUCGCCAUGGCGACAUCACAGAUAUUCUGGAGGGGGCAGCUCUCAGAGAUGUGCGGGAUUUUUGUUGUAAACAAAGAGAACUGGCAGUGUUUGACGAACCUCAAGCUUACCAGUAUAAUGACCUUCAGCAGUAUUACCGUGUCCUGACAGACCCAAGGCGCCCCCAGGGUGAGCAGCCCUCUAGCCUGCAGGGAACCAGUCAAGGGCAAACCAGUCUACCUGGGUCAAGACACUCGAGUGCAGGGAGCCGAAGGCUGACUCCCAUUAGUGACACCAGCAGCAGACGCAGCACCAAGACCAAAAAGAGUAAGCGGCUAACAGCAGAGUUGCAGCCCCUGCCUGAACCCAUGCCUCUGUCCUUUAAUGAAGUCUACACCAGAGAGAAAACAGUGGAGGCCAAGUGUUUGAGUACCCUCUGGAGCAACUACAUGCAUGCAGGAUCCAGUACCUUCACUGCCCACUCAUAGCCCCCACCCACACUUCCACCAUACAUACAUUUCAUUUUUGUCCACAUAAUAUACUAUCAAGUCUGUGAUAACUGUAAACAAACUAUAAGCUUUAACCUCAUUAAAUAAUAUCAUACUGAGUGCUUUAUACUUAUUUUAUUUCCAUUAUUGGUUAAAAACAGUUAAAACACUUCUAUUUUCUCGUUAUAAAUACGUUAACUAGCUAUAUUUGUAUCCUAUACAUUUUUUUAAGUGUUGUUGUUUGAGUAUUGUUGUUUUAGUCCUUUACGCUAAUUGUUUUGAGUGAAAUCAUGUCACCUGUUUGUUAAAUAUUGUAUCUGUGAUACACUGUAGACCUAUUGUAGAAUGUGUUCUUAUUUAAAGUAUUGGUAAAACAAUAAAAACUGAACAAUA